AUGGUCGAGCAUGUUGCAAGGUUUCAGACCGAAGUAGGUGACAUAUCAAAUAACGAAAAUCUAAAAAUGAAAUAUUUCCCAAACUCUUUGAUGAAGAAUGCCUUCACGUGGUUCACCACUUUGCCUCCACAAUCCCUACAAUCAUGUAAUCAAUUAGAAAGAUUAUUCCAUGAACAAUUCUAUAUGGGCCAGUCGAAGAUCAACCUUAAGGAAUUAGCAAAUGUAAGACGAAAGGUCGCUGAGUCAAUUAAUGAUUACUUGAAUAGGUUUGAAUUGAUGAAAGCAAGAUGCUUUACACAGGUCCCUCAACAUGAGUUAGUCGAGAUGGCUGCUGGAGAUUUAGAUUAUUCCAUUAGGAAGAAACUAGACACCCAGUACCUUAGGGAUAUGGCACAAUUGGCGGACAGAGUCCGCCGGGUCGAAUGUUUGAGGGCUGAAAAGACCAUAAUAAAUAAGUAUCAUAGAAAAGAAAAAGUUGCCUAUGUAGCAACUGAUGAGUUUGAUUCUGAUGUCGAAAGUGUUUAUGAGGAAAGUAAGGCCAAUGUUGCAGAAUUAAAGUCGGGGCCUCCUUACAUUUGUAAAUUGCUCAAACCAUCAAAUGGAAAAAAUCCCGUAAAGAACCACAAAAAUGAAAAGUUUGUUAAUAGAACGUAUACGUUUGACAUAACUAAAUGCGACGAGAUAUUCGACCUAUUAGAAACCGACGGGAAAAUCAUAGUGCCCCCAGGACUAAAAAAUCCUCCACUAGAACAAGAAAAGAAAAUAGGGUUUUGUAAAUUUCAUAAUUUUUUAGGUCAUAAAACAUCUCAAUGUGUGCUUUUCUGGGAUUUGGUGCAAAAAGCUCUAAUGGAAGGCAGGCUCCAGUUUAGCGAAAAGCCAAAAUUGUCCAUUCAAGUCGAUGUCGACCCGAUGCUAGUGGGAGAAGCAAAUUAUGCUGAGCCUCUGGAGAUUAUGAUGGUCGAGACUACUGAAGGUCUUGGUGAAGGCGGAGCAGGAAUGGAGAACCUUGUUGUGGAGAACACGGUCUUAAGAUCUGUGUACCCUCGGACUGGCGAAGGACUAUUGAAGUUUUUGGAGAGAUGUUAG